UUGACUUCUUUAUUUCGACGCGAAAUUGUUUGUGAAUUAUUUCUCGAUAUGUUUGGCCACCUCUGACGAAUAAAAAUGAAGAGUUUCAAGAUGUUCAGGACCCUGAAAAAAUUCUGCAGCCUCCAGAGUUUACGAAAUCUGCAGUUCCACACGUCUCCAUUGACCCCCCAAACCUGGAGUCACUUUCAAUUCCUGAAAACCACGAGAAAUUCAUCCCUGAAGGCUCCUGAGAAGAUCCAGAAGCCCUCAGACCUUUGGAAAAUCUCCGGAGUAGCUCCAGUCAACUCUCUCCCCCUAGGACCCUCCCUUCCCCCCAAUUUAACGCCCCCGAAAGUAUCGAGAAACCCUAGGAGUCAUGUAUUCUACUCCACUUGCUCGGACAAACCCCCGAAGAAGCCUGACUGCCCUCCAAAACCGAAGAAAUGUCCAGAGGAGUCGCCGUGCAGUGAGAAAUCCUACGAAAAUUUCUGCCCAAAUUCCAAGGAUCAAUCCUCCUGCAGCACUAACAAGCCCCAGUGCCCGGACAAGUGUCCAGAGCCCCCAAAGCCAAAGCCCAAGCCGUGCCCUCCACCAGAAGACAGAUCUGUCUGUGUGAAACCCAAACCCAAGCCAAAGCCCUGUUCACAACCUGAGGACAGAUCGAUGUGCUCAAAGCCCCCAGCAAAACCGUCGGGAUGUGGAGGAGGGAAGAAGCCACCCCCCUGCUCCAGGUCAUACUCUUCAUGUGCUGCUGAAGCCACUGAUAAGACACGUGAUAUCACAUUUGGUGAACGACAGCGUCAAAAAAUCGCCGAGUUUUGCUCCAGAAGAAAACUAAAUGGCAAAAAGGAGAAUGAGAUUGUCGGGAAAAAUUGUGAAGAAGUGUGUGAGAAGGACGAGAGCACUGGCGACAGGGUGAAGAGGGAGAGGGAGGAGAUGACAGAGUGUCUGAAGGAGAAAACUAAAUUUUCGGAAUUGGGGUACACGAGGGUUCACUGCAAGGAGUGCAUCAGGGACAUCAUGUCGAGGGAUGCCAAGAGAUUUCUGAGGGAAUUGGAUCCAUACGGUGGGGUCCUUCAUCUGAAAGUUGGGAAGGUGUCCUCUAACCAUGAGGAGAGGGCUCAGAAGAGGAAGAACAACUGGAUUGAGUCGAUAUUGACUCAAUAAAACAAUUAAAUAGAGUUUUAACCCUGAACAUUGUCAAUUGCAUGAAGAAAAGAUGAUAAAAAAUCGUGAAAAUAAUCACUCUGUGAUGAUGAA